AUGGUGCAGAGAGUCGCAGUGAUCGGGGCCGGCCCCUCUGGUCUCACCAGCAUAAAGGCUUGUCUGGAUGAGGGCAUGGAGCCAACCUGCUUUGAAAGCAGCGAUGACAUGGGGGGGCUCUGGAAGUUCAAGGAAGUCUCUGAGCCAAACAGGGCUAGCAUCUAUCGCUCUUUAACCAUCAAUAUCUGGAAGGAGAUGAUGUGCUACAGCGACUUCCCCAUCCCUGCUGAUUAUCCCAACUACAUGCACCACUCUAAAAUCCUGAAGUACUUCAGGAUGUACGCAGAUCACUUUAAACUACUGCAGCACAUCCGCUUCCAGACGUCAGUGAAAAAAGUCACAAAGAGACCAGACUCUCCUCGCACCGGUCAGUGGGAGGUGGUGACGGAGAACAAAGACGGAUUAGAGGAGAGGCAUGUGUUUGAUGCAGUUAUCUGCUGCUCCGGUCAUUUCAACUACCCUAACCUGCCUCUCAAAGACUUCCCAGGAAUUGAGACGUUUGAAGGGAAAUACUCCCACAGCUGGGACUACAAGGGACCUGAGGACAUGCACGGGAAGAGAGUGGUGGUCAUCGGCAUCGGUAACUCAGGAGGGGACAUUGCUGUGGAGAGCAGCAGAGUUGCAGAGCAGGUGUACCUGAGCACUCGCAGUGGUGCCUGGGUCAUCCGCCAGGUUUCUGAUGAUGGCUUACCUGUCGACAGGUUCAACACGCGCUUCGUCCAUGUCUUGUUCAAGGUGCUGCCAAUGUGCUUGCUCAACUGGUUGGGUGAGAAGAAGCUCAAUGCCAUGUACGAUCAUGCAGUGUAUGGCCUCAAACCCAAACACAGGCUCUUCAGCCAGAUUCCAGUGAUCAACGAUGACCUCCCCUUUAGGAUUUUAUCUGGGUCGGUCCUCGUCAAGCCAAACGUGAAAGAGAUCCGUGGGUCCACCGUGGUCUUUAAUGACGGCAGCACUGCGGAAAAUGUGGAUUUGAUUGUGUUCGCCACAGGAUACAACUAUGAUUUCCCCUACCUGCCAAAUGACGUCAUGUACAAGUCGGGGCACCGUGUGGGUCUUUACAAGCAUGUUAUCCCCCCGGUCCUUGAGCAUCCCACCCUGGCUAUCGUCGGCUUUAUCCAUUCUGACGGAGCCAUCAUGCCACAAGCUGAGAUGCAGGCUCGCUUCGUCUCUCGCGUCUUCAAAGGACAUAAGAAGCUUCCGUCCUGUCAGGCCAUGAUCAAGGCUGUGGAGAAGGACACCAAGAAUAUUGAGAAAAACUACGUUGUGUCGAGGCUGACACCCCUGCAGGUGGACUUUGUUGAGUACAUGGACGACUUAGCAAAGGAUAUCGGAGUGCGCCCCAGUCUCCUCUGGCUCUUCUUCACCGACUUCCCGCUGUUCAAGCGGGUUUUCUGGGGACCCGUCACUGCUUACCAGUACCGACUGAUGGGGCCAGGAAAAUGGGACGGGGCCCGCAAGGCCAUCUUCACCCAGUUCGAUCGCUUGUACCAGCCUCUAAGAACCAGACAGCUGGGACCUCGUGAAAGCUCAGCGGCAGGCCGCCUGAUCAAGUGGAGCUUGGCCAUCAUGGCUGGAGGAAGUGCCGUCUACUACAUCCAAGUUCACCAUCCAACCUUCAUCCCCACCGUCAUGUCCAAGCUUCGUCCACAAGCAGUCUAAAUAACUCAGGGUCUGAAACCUCUGGUGCGAACUGUUGUCAGGAAGGUUAACGGGGAGGAGCCUACAUCCGACAGCCAUGCAGCCGUGUAGCUCUCAGAUUUUAUUAUGCAGCUCUUUUUCUUAGAAAUGUAACACUCAGAUCAGCCUGCACUGAAUUAAUGUCUGGUAUUGCAAAAUGUACUGUAAGCAGUUUAACUGAUUAAAAGCAGGAAAAAAGCCACACAACCAGAAAGCUGCCAGAGCCCAACUUCCUGAACAAUGUUAGUGGGAAAAGAGAGAGAAUGAACCAGGAGGUCAGGGUAAACCGGAUAAAGAUAGUGUUCCUGUUUGAAACCUUCAAGCAGGUUACAGUUUAGGCCACUCCAGAUUCUAAUUUUAUCCACUGUAGAUAUUUUAAACGUGGUUGUGAUGUGUCCUUGGGAUGUUUUAAUGAUCAGAACUUCAAAUUCUUUUAAAGAAAAUUAAACAUCUUGUUUUUAGAUUGAAGUAAAGAAUUGGAGGUCUUUCUUUUUUUAUCAAUCCAUCAUUUUUGUUCAAAGAAAGAAAAACCCUCAACAUGAUGCUGCCACCACCGUGCUUACAUUUUUCUAUGGUUAAGAUUCUUACCUCGACUUCUUCCUUUUGUGGUUGUGGUAUAAACAUUACAUGAACUCGUUAAAAACCCUGCAAAGUUCAAAGUAGACUUCUGCUCCUGGUCAUAACUAAAUCACCAUAAAUAUGCUCCCAUUACAAUACGGUGACGGGUUUCUUAUCUCUUUAGUAUUACAUUGGAUUAUGUUGAAUAACUGUUUGUCAUAUCAUGUUUCAAAGGAACAUUAAAGCAACAGGUGCUGCUCAUC